AGCUAUUGGACUAUAGGUAUUUGUUUAUUGAUGGUAGUCGAGGCCGUGGGUAGACGGGAGUCGAAACCUUCCACAUGUUACCCUGACCAUGACACGACAACGGAUUUGUUUUUAAGUAUUGAUCAGUAAUAUCAUCAAUGAAACACGUUGUCGUGUCUGAGCAUAUAUAUACAUAUAUUAUAUACUUCUUUUACGGUCGGUAAAAAACGCGGAUAUGCACGGAUAAACACGAACACGGACAGGAGUGAAGUGGAUAUUAUAAAAGGAUACACACAGAAACACGGUUGUCUACGGAUGCAGUGAUUAUUUUACAUCAUGGAACGAUUACUUAGAAAAGCAGUUAAAGAUAUGAGCCGGUUUGACAACACUACUCGGACCACUUCACUCGGGCAGCACCAUACGGAGGAACACAUUGUGAAAAGUAGUACCAUGAAACCGAUACAUCGUGAUCCCACUAUUGUCCAGCUCGCUCUGUUUGUCAUCUUCGUCGCCGUCACAAUCAUCUAUCUUAUCCGAAAAUUUACGAAACACCGCGAUAUCCCGAUUCCGGAUCCGGACCCUGAAGCGGGGCUGGAUGGUGCGCACAAUACGAAUUCCGUUAGAGACGGCACCCCUGGGAUUAAUGCCGGGGUGAAAACGGGUAGUUCUAAGAAAGGCGUGAUAACAGCGCGGACUAACACCGAUGUAAAACCUUCACCAAACAUUGAUGAUCUUUUACGAAGUACUAUCAUAUUUGGUGUCAUCAUGGGAUACUAUUUUCUGUGUGACUAUAUAAAGGUAUUCCCUGCAUUGGAGCGGAAGUACAAUCGAGAUGAAUUCCUCUUCCUCGUCUUCAUUCUGUUUCUCGUUGGUUGUGCCUUCACCAUUCGGUCGACGCCCGACAAAAUACUCAACAGGAACCAGACGGAGGAGUGGAAGGGAUGGAUGCAGGUGAUGUUCGUCUGGUAUCACUACUUCGCCGCCAAGGAGUGGUACAACUGGAUCAGACUCUACAUCGCCUGCUACGUCUGGAUGACGGGUUUCGGGAACUUCUCAUUUUUCUGGUUGCGGAAGGACUUCUCUUUCUGGCGCAUGCUCAAAAUGCUCUUCAGACUCAACUUUCUGGUGAUAUUCGUCGUCAUGGUGACUGACAACCAAUACAUGCUGUACUACAUCUGCGCCAUGCACACCUACUGGUUCUUCACCGUGUAUGUCUUCAUGGGAGUUCUCUCCUCGUGGAACGAACACCGCUUCAAGAUGGCGAUCAAGUUUGCCGUCUACUUCGUCUGUAACGCCCUCAUUUUCGACGUGCCCGGGGUCGCGCCCGUUAUAUUCCGCCCGCUCCAGGUGAUCCUCGGUUACCGCGAACGGAAAUACAACAUGAUGCACGAGUGGACUUUCCGUGUGGGUCUCGAUCACUGGGUCUGUUUCGUCGGGAUGCUGUGCGCCUACAACUACCCACAUUUUGAGUCUUUUAUCAAGUUCGUGGAGGAAACGUCGGCGAGCGCUAGAGAGAAAUACACGAAAUGGGCCAUGAAAAUGGCCCUAGUGCUGAUUGCGUGUCUUGUGGGCGUCUCUUGGUACGUCCUCUUCAUGGGGAAAGACAAGUUCGCUUACAACAGAAUCCACCCAUACACCUCUUUCAUCCCCAUCGUCGUUUUCAUUGUUUUGCGGAAUUCGUUUCCGUUUCUACGCAGAUAUUACGUUUACAUGUUCGAGUGGCUAGGGAAGAUAACUCUGGAGACGUACCUGUCUCAGCUGCAUGUGUAUCUUCAGUCGAAUGCCAAGCAUCUGAUUGGCUACAUCCCAGGCUAUCAUUUACUCAACUUCGCCCUAGCAACAAUCAUUUACUUGGGGAUCUCGCACGCCCUUUUCAAUCUCACAACGGAGUUCAGUACAUACCUGAUACCAAAGGACAUGAAGACUGUUCUCAGACACGUCAUCCUCGGAGCGGUGAUCGGUGCUUUGGCUGUGGGUGUUGCAUUCUGGGUAAAAAGUGUAAUUAUUUUGUAACACUUCUAUUAUGGAUGAGUAAAUGACUGAAUCAACGAAUGACUUGGUAACACAAUGUUCGCCAUCAGCAAAAUCAAGGCGAGCCGAAGAUCGCUCUCCUUAAAUAGUGAUAGGCGAGCGAUCACAUGAAGUUUCCAGGCGAGUGUGGAGAGGUGAGCGGGAGUGAUCACUCGCCUUCCCUGGUGAAGAAUCAAUAACUGUUACACAGCAUUGAACUAGCAACACAAUUGUUCAGACUAAACAUUUUGAAAAAAAAAAAAAAGAGAAGAAGACGUGUGAUUGGUUACAGUAGAUACAUUAAAUUAUUUU